UUCUUGGUGGGGCACUUCUACUCCGAUACUAUCCGCUAUACUAUUUUAUUUUUAUUAUUGAUUCGUAUAUGAUUCCAAGCUAAUAGCAUCCUUUGAUACCUCUUAGUAGAAUUUCUAUAAAACAUUUGCCUGGACCUACGCCUGAUAAUUUCUCGAAAGACAGAAGGGUAGCGUCCCCGCCGUCUUUGCAGGACAUCCAUUCAGUAUUUUCUGUUAUUUCACUGAUUGAUGUCUAUCGUAAAAUGAUCGAAAGAUUAUUCCAGAUCGUCCUAAUUUGGUCAGUCGGUGAAAGCUGGUUAUCAUUCAAUAAUUAAACGUGAGUUUUUGUCCAAAUUUGUUGAGUUAUACUUUUUCUCCUCCCUAUAAACCGUCCCUUGUUGCACAUAGAGGCCGCCAGAAAAUUUAAUCAUAACAAUUCCUUGAUUUCUUGUUCUAGGGGCUCAUGUGGGACAGCGCUAAAGAAUUUGGAGCAAUGUUAGUAUUUGCUGAACAUAGGUACUACGGAAAGUCAUUGCCCUUUGGCACAAAGUCGUACAAGGUUUGUUGAAUAUUUUGUUAUGUGUGAGUUUCUUCAGCCUGUAUGACUGAAUUAUUAAUUCCCUUUCUUCUCUUUUAAGGGGCCACAGUACUUGGGUUACCUGACGUCUGAACAAGCGUUGGCUGAUUUCGCCAUCCUAAUUAACCACCUCAAGGUAAACAGACUCCAAGAAACAAAGUACAAUGAAAAAAAUUCUUUGUGGAGCUUUGCUUAACCUGAUGAUAGAUUAUUUUAAAUAAAAAAACUGAAGGCAUGUUCUACUCUCAGUUUAUCGUUCUGUUGAUAACAAAAUGCCCGACGCAUCGAUCAACAGACACGUUUCAGGCGUUUUGUAAUUUAUGAUGUUCUAAUACUGAAAACAUCAUCUGUUGCUUUGCUUACACACUCAGGAUACAAUUCCUGGAGCAAGUGACAGUCCAGUUAUAGCCAUAGGAGGCUCAUACGGCGGUAAGAGAUGGUUAUUUAUUCGAUUUUAUAGCUUUAAUAAGAAAAGAUAUCAAGACAUGGUUUUGGGCUCGUUUCUUUCAAGAUAAGAGUGAUCUUAGAUCAUCUGAAUCCUUUACGACGACACUGGUUGCAGCCUGCGACCUUCCGCUUUGCACUUCAGCAGGACGACGCCCUUCCUGCUGAGAAACCUGGGCUGCAGUUUAUUUAUACAUAGCAGCCUUGAUGCGUUGAAUAUUUUUUUCUGUAGGUAUGCUGGCUGCUUGGAUUCGAAUGAAAUACCCAAAUAUUGUUGCGGGGUAAGAGUUUUUUGCGUCCAGUUUAUCGUUUAUUCAGGUCUUCAUUCAUGCCAAUUAAGAAUUCAAUGCGUUUCUGUUCUUCUCCAGGGCCCUCGCUGCCUCAGCGCCCAUCCUUCAAUUUACUGGUUUGACACCAUGUGAGGUGAGGCAUCAAACUCUUCUACAGGGAUUGUUCUGUGCAUUAGUGGGUAGGAGGAUGAUUAGAAACCAAAAUUUUUGAAAGCAGACAUGCAUAUGUACAUGCAUUUUGGCUCCUUUUCGCAAUGUUAGACGCUAUUUUUAAACAUGAGCAUAGCCGUUAGUGCAAAACAGUGAUUUACCUCGUAACUAACAGAAAACAUGGGGCGUGGAAGGGACCUGGCGCCUACCUUAAUUAGUGCCCGAUGACAAAGUCUUUACCUUGCACUCGGGCACCGGCGCCGUGUGCCAAAAAUCUGGCGUAGAUACUGAAAAAAAGGACCAAAGUUGGGUGUGUUUACAUUAGUGCCUAAAGCUCAGCAAGCAUCGUACGUAACUGCCGUCCUCGGGCAUCAAGUGUGCAUGAACACUGCCUUGUUAGUGACUCCCCCUCUUUCGUAACUGCCUUGGAUAAGAGAAACUAUUCCUCAAUUCACUUUGAAUUUACUGGGUUGCAAUUUAAAUUAUUGAAUUUUUACGUUGCCGUUUAUUAAUGUCCUUUCAAUUCACAGAAAUUUUACCAAAUCGUUACCAAAGAUUUUUAUAAAGCUGGAGGUGAAGCUUGCGUAAAUUCAGUAAAGAAGACGUGGAACACCGUCAAAGAGUACGGCAAAACAGGUGAAGAAAACAACAACAAAAAAAUUUCUCACGGUUGUGGUCUAGCUACCGUCGACUCUCUCUAAGAGUAGGCAUCUUUGUGGCCGACACUAAGUGUUCGUCAAAGAGUAUUGUCCGUCUCAUAGAAGCGGUCAAAUAAACAGAGUAAAGAAAGAAAUCAUCAACUCUAGGUGUUCGUUUUAUCGAGGUGUCCAGGCUUAUUAUACGGAGGUGUCCGUUACGAGAGAGUCGAUUAUAUUACCAGCUUCUAGGAAGUUUAGUACGCAUUACUCGUUUCUUUGCGUUUGCAUGAAAAAAAAUUGCUGAGCUGAUUUGGAUGGUGGUGGUGUUUUCGUUUAGAUUCACUGUACGCGGUAUGCAGGGCUAGGGGCACGUCAUUACUGAAACACUGAACUGAACUGAGGAAACAUAUAAACCGCAUAAACUACACUUAACUUAAUCCUUUGUUUAUAUUUUUUCCAGCUAGUGGACGAAAAAAGCUAACCAGCAUUUUUAAGCUAUGCUCACCUCUGAAAACCAAAGAAAACGUCACUCAAUUAGAAUACUGGCUGAGUGAGACGUGGGUCAACUUAGCAAUGGGUAAGCUGUAAUAAUAAAUUGAAGCUUACAUUAACAUCAAGAAUUAAGGUGCUUAACUUACAAAAUUGUGCAGGAUUUCCAUAUUUACUUUUCUUUCUUUCUUUCUUUAUUACUUAAUUUAUUUCUCAGUUGAUUACCCAUACCCUGCCAGCUUCUUGGAACCUCUUCCAGGUUGGCCAAUAAAGGUGAGACAUGCACAGCACUUAACUCUAAAUUAUCAAUUUCAAUUAUUUAUUGACUUUUUUAUUGUUGGAAGAUAUGUCGUCUUCGUCUUCGUUUGAGUUAAGACACAAUUAAUUUCAAUAUCAAAGUUAGCCUUAAAAGUUUCUUAUAAAUAAAUAAACGGUAAUUAGCCCAAAUUUAGGCUUUUUAGGUUCUUAAAUAUAGGUUCUUAUUCAUCUCGCGCAAAAAUGCAUUGUAUAGCUAAGAGUAUUUAGUGGUAUUCGGCUCAUUCCUUAGGUAAAACGUGUAUACCAUUACCAUGAUUGUAAUUGGAGUAUAUAAUAAGGCACGUAUGUCUCCAAAGAGGAUCCUGAAGGGUGACUUCUGACACUUCUUAUAUGCCCAAGUGUACAGAAUCUUUUAUAAUAAAUAUUUUAGAGAAUAAUAACCUUUUUCAAAUUUUAGGUUAAACACUUUCUUGCCAUAGCAAACUAACAUAACAUAGCUGGCAAAUGACUGGAAAAUUUUAGCUAAGCCAGUUUCUUAGUCGUGGGUUUUUUCUGUAAUCGUCUCUCUAAGUCUUAGCAAGGCCGUGUUCUUCAGGCAGCAGUAACGGCUUUCCCGUGUGAAAAAUCGGGAAAAGUUGAGUUUUGUUUAAAAAAUUUGUCUAAAAAAGUGAAAUUUUGUUUGUGGUUUUUAUUUAUCUACUACAUUUUUCAGGUAAAUACUUACUGGCGCACAUUUAUUGCAACUUCCUUAUAUUCAUAAUGCAUAGCAUACUUAUUUUGUUAAACGAUCAAAACGAUUUCCUUGUGUUAUUAUUUUUGUGUUAGGUCGUUUGUAAAUACCUUCAAAACGAGACACUAGAGGAUGACAAACUCUUACAGGCCAUUGCCAAUGCUGUUGGUGUGUACUACAACAAUUCAGGCCACGCUAAGUGUUUCAAUACUUCGCAACAAGCUGUUUCCUUCCUCGGGGACGAAGGCUGGUCUUUUCAGGUGGGCAGCCAUACAGUCAUAUAUAAAUUGUGUACUUAUAUUAUUACAUGUUUUAUAUUUUGCGAAAAUUGACCUGUGUUGGAAGAUUGGGAUUUUGCUUCAAUUCCUGGGAUUUGUUGGAGUUUUUAGAAGUUCAAACGGAUCGUAUCACUCUGUAGUGCGUGUGUGUGUGUGUGAUAUGGCCGUUGUCCUCUCUCUAAUUUGUCUCAGUUGUCCCCUAUGAUUUGCACAGGGGAUCGAGCCGGGGGGGUACUGCCAUAUAUGGGCUGUAUUGGUAUGUCCCGCUGUGAAGGGUAUGGUUUUCAAGCAGUUUACUCUAGGACAGGGUAUAUAAUUCAGAGCGUUUGGGUCUAGAAUAGGGUAUCAUUUUUCAGGAAACUGAUCAAUUGGUUGAAGAUUUUAUCUAGACUGGGGAUUGUGGUAUAAGGUUUUGUUUCGGCUAGACUGUUCUAGUAACCUCAGUAGUUUCUAGAAAACAGCUACUCUAGGAUAGGGGGUAUUUGGGGAGUUUACUCUAGUUUAGGGUAGCAGAAUUCAGCUGAACUAGCUCUGGUAUAGGUUAAGGGUUCCAGGGUCCCAGCGGCACAUCCCCACCCAGAAAUUCCCAAAGUACCCCCCCUGGGGGAACGAGAGUCUCACGCUGAGAGACAAUGCGGUGACGCUCGCGCAUCUCUCCCGCUCGUCGUUGAUACAACCGAAGACGAGUUACUUCGACCCUCAGAAAUUCGUAGAAAUCCCAUGUCUGUCAUUAUCCAACCCAAAGUCACUAAAUGUUACAAAUGCUGGGUUUUCUUCCUGUGAACUUUAAAGGACUUCCGGCUGAUUAUUCAUCUGAGGAUUGUUUGGUUUUUUGGUCACUGUCAUUACAAGCGAGUAAACCGAACCAUCUUUAAAUUUAUUCCUUAAAUUUUAGGCGUGCACAGAAAUGGUGAUGCCUCUCUGUUCAGACGGAGUCAACGAUAUGUUCACGGAGUCAAAGGUACAUUUCCAAAAAUAUCAGUCUGCAAAAGUCCAAAAGAUAGAUUUUCGCGGUCUAGUUCUCAAAAACAGGCGAAACAAGGACUUUUGCUGUUUUAAUCCUUAUCCUAGAAUAAUGCGAGUACUACGGUAAUAUAUCAAACACGAUUGCAAGCAGUCUGGGUUUAAAAGGACCACAGCAGGGUUCCAGACACCCAGAUAUAGUAUACGUCACAUCUGAAGAGCUGCGAACCUAGUUUUCCGAGAUUCGAGUCUAUCUUCAUGAUUGAAAUUCGGCAUUUUUAAAAGAUGAUUCUGAUUGCAUUUCCCAACCACAUGCAUUUCCGGCAACAAUUUUUCUUCUCUUUAUGUUGAGUAUUAAUGAGUUGGUUUGGGAAGCCAUGUUAUUGGUUUUGUGUGAGGUCACGGCGGCCAUGUUCGGUUGCGCCUGCGCCUGCGCUCAAGGAUCCUUACAACAAAAUUUGUUCCCAGGUUUCUCUCGCUCCGCAGGGACGACCAGGAGAGAACCCUGGGAGCUAACUUGCGAUGAACUAAACUUUAUCUGUAAGCAAAUUCUGCGAAAACGAAAUCUAUUAUAUUGACCAUCAAUAACGCCUUUGAAUCUUCUUCAUAAACUCGACUGCUUUUUUAAAGAUGAGGCUGAAGUUUUGAAUUGUAAUGAAGCAUAUUAAUUCUGAUUUUCAGUGGGAUUUCAAGGAAUAUUCACUGGACUGCCAACAGUCACUUGGUGUAACUCCGCUGGAGUACUGGGCCGAAAUUCUCUAUGGCGGGAAGAAGAUACGAAGUCAUAGUAACAUAGUUUUUAGGUCAGUUGCAGUUUAUUUUAUUAUUGGAUGGGGAUUCGGGAUACCUGAAAUCAAUAAAGUCAGUGUUAUAAGCUAAGGCCGAAGGGCGACUCAGAUAACAUUUAUCGACGCCUUGUCUAUUCCGGAUCACAAUUUGCAUGAUAUGCAAGGAAAUCGAGUCUAGUUAUUGUCUUACUAACUAUACAUUGUUCUAUAGUCACUGUAUAGUACUGUCACACUGAACACGUUGGAUAUUACCACGUUUUGAAGAUCCUAGCCCGAUCAAUCGUCUCCUCGACCCGCACAUUCCCGAGAAGUUCGCGACUCAAGGAGGCGGCUGAGUUCCACUUUGUUGUAAAAAAAAAUGUAUAUCACCUACUUUGUGAUUGAGACUAAUUUUUGCAUAAGCGCGUCUCUUUUUUUUUCAGCAACGGUGAACUUGAUCCAUGGUCAGGAGGCGGAGUUACCCAGAACCUUACCGAUAGCCUCAUUGCCGUGCUCAUAGAAGAUGGCGCACAUCACUUGGAUUUGCGACACAAAAACCCGCUGGACCCUCCAUCGGUCGUGCAGGCACGAAAACUGGAGAAAUUUUAUAUGGCACAGUGGAUAAAAGAAUAUCAUGAAAUGAGAAAGAAGAAUGUGCAUUAUAGGGUGUCAAACAAAAAAGCUAAUGGAAAAUUUAAGAAAAUUUCAGUUCUGUAGCUCUUGAGAUUUUUCUAUUGUCCGUGAUGCUUUUAAUAAAAUUUUGUAUCUCCAUUUUCCGCUGGCAAUUUCCUGCAAGAAUUGUAUUUUCACCCGUGAAAAAUACCAAACCCAACAUUCAAUAAUAAAAUUCUUGAAAACCCU